AUGUUAAAAUACCUCCCUAUUUGGCCUACUCGAGGAUCUUGCGGAUUCCGAGUUUUAGAACAGAUUCGGCUCUCAUCGUCAAAACGCUGGCAAGCUCGCCAACAAAAGGACCAAUUCACUCGUGAGGCAACCGUACAAGGUCUAAAAAGCCGCGCUGCUUUCAAGCUUCUACAGAUUGAUGAGAAAUAUCGUAUAUUCAGACGUGGGCAGACUGUCGUUGAUUUGGGAUAUGCACCAGGGUCAUGGUCACAGGUCGCUGUGAGCCGGACUCAGCCUGAAGGUAGAGUUCUUGGUGUUGACAUUAUUCCAGCACAACCACCCAAAGGAGUUUCCACCAUCCAGGGCAACUUUCUUGCUCCCGAAAUUCAGGCGUACAUUCUGGAAUUUUUACGCAAUCCAAAUCGGGGAAGACCACGUCAAUCAGAGGCCCUCGGUGAUGCCAAUAUCAGUGUUCUAGAGCACCAUACGGUGACUUCUGAUCAAUCUGAGGGUGGAAAUGCUCCUGAUACAACAAAUAAUGCCAAUAUACUUGAAAGAACGGUAGAUGUGGUUUUAAGCGAUAUGUCCGCUCCCUGGCUUCAAACAACUGGUUUUUGGAAACGAAGUCUAAGUAAUCCCCAUAACAGGAUGAUGAACACUAGCGGGAAUAGUUUUAGAGAUCAUGCUGGGAGUAUGGACCUUUGCAACGCUGCCUUACGCUUCAGUUCAGAAGUUCUCAAGACAGGAGGGCAUUUUGUCUGUAAAUUCUACCAAGGUGUAGAGGACAAAGAAUUAGAGAACCAGCUCAAGGGCUUGUUCCAAAAAGUUCAUCGACUCAAGCCCGAGUCAUCUCGCAGCGUAGGCUUCGUCCUUUCAAAUACAUUCUCGCAAGUUAAUUAUUAG